ACUAGAGGAUAGGAGCCCUGGCUGCUGCUGCGUGCUGGAGGCUGCUGCAGGUAUAUAAGGAGCUGGAGGCUGGUGCUGAGCACACUGACUGCUACAGACAGAGCCUGAUCUGUGAGUAUAUGGCCGCCGGAUCAUGUACAGUAUAUAGGCUGGACCUAUAAUGACUUUGGGGAAGGAUGUACGAGGACGGCUACGUAGAACUACAGAUGGUGGGGAGCGAGGAGACACGGGAAGAUGUCUGCGCGGCUCGGCCCCCCAGUAAAUGUCUGUCCUACUCUACUGGCAGGUUUAAAAAUGGAGCUAUCGGACUCCGCAAUAUCGGCCUCACCGGCUGCUUCAACCCGCUGCUGCAGACGCUGUACAUGAAUAAGGACUUCACGGACAUUCUCUGCGGGAUCAGGGGUCCGGACGACAAUGUGCCCCUGGAAAAGCGACUCCCGUACGAGCUACUUACACUCUUUGAAGAAAUGCAGAACAGCAAAGAAGACGCCGUCCCCCCCUACUGCCUCCUGCGCUGCCUGCAGGCGCUCAAUGUGACCUUGUUGUAUCAGAAUGACGUGGCUGAGGUCUUCUCCACUCUCCUGACUCUGCUCCUACAGAACAUGCCAAAUCCACACCUGGAGGACAGACUGCGGUCCCUUUAUUCCGUCUCUCUGGAGGAACGUCUCACGUGCCAACAGUGCUCCUACCAGAGCACCAGCCACAAGGACCUCUCCUCUAUUUCCAUCUCUGUGCCUCACUCCAAAUAUCAGAGCAAACUGACCCUGGAACGCGCGCUCUGGAAAUACUUCAAGUCCCAAGAGAUGAAGGAGGACAAGAACUACUGCCCUAAGUGUGAACGGCACAGCCGAAGCGCCAAGGUGACACAGCUCCGGUCGCUGCCGCACACGCUAAGCAUUCACGUGAAACGCCUCAGCAAAAAGAAUGGCUCUCGGUUACAGAAGAUAAACAGGACUCUGUCCUUCCCGCCGGUCCUAGACUUGCUGGAGGUGCUGGAUCCAGAACAUCUGCCGGAAGAACAGGACACUACGCCGCUCUAUACUUACCGCCUGUUCGCCGUCAUCGCCCAUUCGGGCACUGCCAACGUCGGUUACUUCUGCACCUACAUCCACUGCUGCAAGGACGGCCAAUGGUAUUUCUUCAACGACUCCAGCGUGUGCAAGGUGUCCUGGGAUGAUGUGAAGUGCACAUACGGCAACAGCUCCUUCCACUGGGGCGUCACCGCCUGCCUGCUGGUCUAUGUACAGUCCGACGUGAAGUAACACACUGACAGUGGGGGAGCGAUAUGAUAUCCAGACAUAUUUAGCUGUAUGUAUGUAUAUAUGAAUGUACCAUCAGACUUACAUACAUGGACAGGUGUGUAGUGAGUGUCUGUCUCAUGUCACACGUGUAACACGUCCAGCAAUCACGCGUUCGUGCCACGCCUGGCAAUCUGGUGAUACCACUCACAGCAUUAUAUCCCGGGUGCAGAUUACUGGUACCAAAGUGACACGUUACCCGGCCUCAGCGCAGAGAACCGGACACCGGACAUUAACAUCACACAGCACAUAUUCAUGAAAUGAACACACUUAUAUAUGAUAUAUACCUAUAUAUCUAAAUGUAUACGUAUAGGAAAUGCCUAUUACUCGGGUAUAUCAUGAAAAUGGGGAAAUAUGACAAAUAGAGCUCAAAAAGUUUCACAAAAAUAUACAUUUUACUGCAAAAAGGAUGAAAGUAUCUGUGGGAUGGUGGCUCAGGAGGGUCAUAGCAGCCACUGAUUUGUCACUUAUAUAUGGAUAGCCAGCGGCUGCGCUGAUAUAAGCUGUGUGGCAGACGUUAUUAUUAUGUAGCUGGAGAAAAAUGGACUCCGAGGACGUCUCACUCUCCAUUACUCAGAGAAGUGCCCCUACCGGGAGAAUGGAACAACACGAUUGGAGCAUUUUCUAUGUGUAUUGCACGCUGUACUAAGGGGGUAAUUCAGACCUGAUCACUAGGCAGCGCUUUUUGCUCUGCUGCGAUCAGAUAGUCGCCGCCUACAGGGAGAGGGUAUUUUAUCUGUGCAAGUGUGCGAUCGCAUGUGUAGCCGAGCGGUACAAACAGAUCUUGGUGGUCAUUCCGAGUUGUUCGCUCGCAAGCUGCUUUUAGCAGCUUUGCACACGCUAAGCCGCCGCCUACUGGGAGUGAAUCUUAGCAUAGUAAAAUUGCGAACGAAAGAUUCGCAAUAUUGCGAAAAUAUUUCUCUGUGCAGUUUCUGAGUAGCUCGAAACUUACUCUGCCAGUGCGAUCAGUUCAGUGCUUGUCGUUCCUGGUUUGACGUCACAAACACACCCAGCGUUCGCCCAGACACUCCUCCGUUUUUCCAGCCACUCCCGCGUUUUUCCCAGAAACGGUAGCGUUUUUUCGCACACACCCAUAAAACGGCCAGUUUCCGCCCAGAAACACCCACUUCCUGUCAAUCACACUCCAAUCACCAGAACGAAGAAAAACCUCGUAAUGCCGUGAGUAAAAUUCCUAACUGCAUAGCAAAUUUACUUGGCGCAGUCGCACUGCGGACAUUGCGCAUGCGCAGUAGCGACUAAUCGCUCCGUUGCGAGAAAAAAAUAACGAGCGAACAACUCGGAAUGACCCCCCUUGUGCAGUCUCUGAGUAGCCCAGGACUUACUCAGCCGCUGCGAUCACGCAUUAGCCUGUCCGGGACCAGAAUUAACGUCAGACACCCUCCCUGCAAACGCCUGGACACGCCUGCGUUUUUCCAACCACUCCCAGAAAACGGUCAGUUGCCACCCACAAACGCCCUCUUCCUGUCAAUCUCCUUGCGAUCGCCCGUGCGAAUGGAUCCUUUUGCACAAACCCAUCACUGAGCGGCGAUCUGAUCUGUAUCCGCGCGACGUGCCUGCGCAUUGCGGUGCAUACGCAUGCGCAGUUUGUAUCUGAUUUCUCACUGGUGGUCAUUCCGAGUUGUUCGCCCGCUGCUAUUUUUAACAGAAUUGCUAAUAGGCUAAAAUCCGGCAGUUCUGCGCACGCGCUAAGCAAUUUCACACAAAACUAUGCUAUUUUACUCACGGGUGAACAAAGCUUUUCAGUCGCUCUGUUGAUCGGAGAAUGAUUGACAGGAAAGGGGCGUUUCUGGGUGGUAACUGAGCGUUUUCCGGGAGUGUGCUAAAAAACGCAGGCGUGCCAGCAGAAAAUGCAGGAGUGGCUGGAGAAACGGGGGAGUGGCUGGCCGGACGCUGGGCGUGUUUGUGAUGUCAAACCAGGAACUAAACGGACUGAGAUGAUCGCAAUCUAGGAGUAGGUCUGGAGCUGCUCAGAAACUGCAAGGAAAUACUUAAUAGCAGAAUAAUCUUUUGUUAGCAAUUCUGCUAUGCUAAGAUACACUCCCAAAGGGCGGCGGCUUUGCGUUUGCAAUGCUGCUAAAAGCAGCUAGCGAGCGAACAACUCGGAAUGACCACCCCUGUGUGAUCAGAUCUGAAUUACCUUCAAAGGCUAUAACACUGACAAUGAAAAUGUACAUUGGCCCUCAUUCCGAGUUGUUCGCUCGCUAGCUGCUUUUAGCAGCAUUGCUCACGCUAAGCCGCCGCCUACUGGGAGUGAAUCUUAGCUUUGCAGAAUUGCGAACGAAAGAUUAGCAGAAUUGCGAUUAGAUAUUUCUUUGCAGUUUCUGAGUAGCUCGAGACUUACUCUUACACUGCGAUCAGUUCAGUCAGUUUCGUUCCUGGUUUGACGUC